UUUCAGCGGAGUCGCAACCCAAAAAUCGAGUGCAAAAAGCCCAAUAGACCCAUAUAGAGAAGAAGUGGGCUCCUGAACAUAACACGUAACCCUCCGGCGCGCGAAGAAAAAAAAGCCUAACUAACCAGAUAGAACUCGCGGGAAGGAGCGGGAGGAGAUCCAAAGAGCAGACAUGGCGGCAGCGAAGGCGGCGUUGGAGAAGAUGAGGGCGUUCUGGGACUCGCAGUGCAACAACGAGGAGAACUGGGCGGUCAACUAUAAGGUGCUAAAGGCUGCUGGUAUAUUUGCUGGAUCUGUCUUCCUGAUGCACAACUUUGGCCAUAAUAUGGUCAUCUAAACGGAACGAGAUAGGGCAACAAUGGACAUUCAAUGGUGCGGUGUUGCAUUGCCUUUUUCGUUUUCUCAUCAACAUGGUCAUCACACAUGUUCUUAGUGUGGAUUAAGGAGUGAAACUCUUGUUCUUAGACAUUGGUUGGUAAUAAUGGCAGCCAAAGUAGCACUGUAUAUGUACUUCCUCCGUUCCGAAAUAUUUGUCUUUCUAGAGAUUUCAACAAGUGACUACAUACGGAGCAAAAUGAGUGAAUCUACACUCUAAAAUAUGUCUACAUACAUCCGUAUGUGGUAGUACAUUUGAAAUGUCUAGAAAGACAAAUAUUUAGGAACGGAGGGAGUAUUACCUUAUCAGGUGUUCGCUUGCUUUGUGAA